AUGAUCACGCGGGGGACCGACGAGACUGAUGCCAACGUGGUCGACGAGGGGGACGUGGUCUGGCAGAGGGACGACUUCCCGCCCUGUGGCGCGUUGACGCUCGAACUCGACCCCGAGCACGGGGCCUUCAUCAGUCAGGUGGUGAGGAGGAGGCGUGUCAUCACGGACGGGACCAUGUUCUACAUCUAUUGGAGGAGCGUGGCGUCGUGGGCGCAGUUGUACUCGGAGAUCGCCUCGGGCGAGGGGCUGAAGACGACCAAGUUCAACGCCCCGGUCAACUACUCACGGGCGUUGAAGGAGAUCUACGCGAUUUCGAAGAGGGUCGCCGACCAGAUGCCCCAGCAUAGCCCCGAGCAUCUGCAUCGGCACGCACAGGGUUGA